CGAGAUCAUUUUUGCUUCCGUAAAGGCAGCCUGGUCAGUACAAGUGUUUUGCGAAGUUUCAGUGAACUCGAAUACUGAGCACUGCGCAACACAAGAUAAGUCUCCUUAGAAAAGAAAGUGAUACUUGACAAGUUUUGCUUCAGGUUAAUAAAAAAUGAGAGGAUGUGAAACUUUACUUUGACUGUUAGCAGUCCAAUACCAGGUCUUUGUAACAGACAGCUAUCUUACCAGGAGUGAUUUUCUGCCAAAAACAGGAUGAACUUGACAGAGGAUCUGACAUGUGCUAUAUGCUAUGAGCUUUUCACACAGCCAGUGAUGCUAGGAUGCAUGCACCACUUCUGUAAAAGCUGCAUUAUGAGAUUCUGGCGGGGCUCUCGAGGUCCAGUUUCCUGCCCUCAGUGCCGAAGAGAAUUCCCCAACAAACAGUUUCAGACCAACUUCCUUGUGGCAGGAGUGGUAGAAAAGGUCAGAGGGACAAGUGAAGAGACAUCACGGAAAAAGCGUAUGAAGCAUCUGCAGGAGUUGUUAAGAAAUGAACAGGCAAAAAGCAAAGAGUACAUUAGCAUGAUGAGACGAGAUGAUGAGAAAAUUAAUCUUGUGAUGAGAAGUUCCUCCGAGCUCAAGCAGAAAGUACAAAAUGAAUUCUGUGCCCUACACCAGAUCCUAUAUAAUGAAGAGCAGGCAGUACUGGAAGAACUAAGAAAGGAAGAAGAUGAAAUGCUGAACAAACUGGAGAGACACAUGCAGGAACUGAAGGAGGCUGUGAGGCAGGCUGAGGAGAAAAUUAGCAUGAUUGGAAACUCACUUGAUGCCAUUAAAGAGAACUUGAUGGUGGAGGUUGCAGACUUAAAUACUAGGUCUGUUGCAGAGGUUGGAAAAGAACCAAAGGCAGAUGUGCCCUUUUUUAUCAGUAAAUAUAGUGGACCCUUACAAUUUGCUGUCUGGAAGAAAAUGAUAAAGCUUAUUAAACCAGGCCUGACUCACCUGACUUUUGAUCCUGAUACUGCUCAUCCUAACUUGAUUCUAUCAUCAGACCAACUCUCAGUAGUGGAGUGCAAUAAAAAAGUUUGCAGCACCCAGCACCCCAGACGAUUUAUACAGAGUGUGAAUGUCCUUGCAGCUCAGAGCUUUAGUAGUGGUAGACAUUAUUGGGAAGUACAUGUUGGUAACAAGACCAAAUGGGACCUUGGUGUGGCAGCAGAGUCUGUUGAUCGGAAGGCAAGAGUCAAACUGUGUCCUGAAAAUGGUUAUCUAACCAUCCGUUUACGAAACAAGAAUGAGUACUGGGCAGGGACACAGCCUUGGACCCCACUUUGCGUCAAGCAUCUGCUGCAACGGGUGGGUGUUUUCCUGGAUUACGAGGAGGGGAAAGUGUCCUUCUACAAUGGUGAGCGUAUGGAGCUGCUCUUCUCCUUCUGUACCAGCUUCAAUGGCCCCAUCUAUCCUUUCUUCAGCACUUGUUUUAGUGAUGGGGGUACAAAUGCUGAACCUCUGCAACUAUUCCACCUCCAGCUCUAGCCAUUCUUUUGUUAAAAUACAAGCCUUUUUUAUUAAACUAUAAUAUGGAUAUGUCAUUUUCUGAGGUUCUGUAGAACUUUAUGUUGGCUAGUAAGGGCAUUUUUGUGACGGAAUUGGGUUCAUGUUGGUACGGACACCCAUUCUGGCUAGACAUGCUUACAUAUUCAUAUUCAAACGUAACACUAGCUUAAUUUGUUGUACAAAUUAAAUUUAUUACAAUUUUGAAGCAGUUUGCCAUACCUUCAUGUGUAAUUUAAUGUUCAUUAUAUUAACCAUAAUGCAAAUAGUUAAUCAUUGACUGUUUAUCUGCAAGAUCAUUAGAAUUCUUUUGCCUGGAAUUGUGGGAGUGUUCUUUAUAUUCCUGACCCUUUACCAAUCAUUGUAAGAAAUUGUCGUCUUUUAUUUGUAUUAUUAUUAUUCCACAGAGGUAUUUAGUGUACAGUAUGUUGGAAAGCAGCAGUUAUAACUGUGCUAUCCUUCCUUUUUCUGGAAGAAACAGGCCUGCUCAAGUCCAUAGAGCAAGUAACUUGUUGAAGAGAUGACCAAGUCUUGUU